UCAUAGCAGACGACCGUAUCGCAAGUUUUGCCGCCAAUAUCUGACACGAGAUAAAAGUUCUUUAAUUCAUGAACGGCUACAGUACGGUGUUUAUUUACCCGAGAACUAUUUCACUUUAAAUGUUGCCAUCAGAUAGGGCAGCCAGUUAAUAGUCGAAGAAAUCAGGAAAUACAUCGCAGUUUUCCAAACCAUGACGAAAAUAUACUAUCUAACGACUGGAUGAUGAAAACUAAAGUGAUCUACAAUGUCAAUCACAGAUGGUUUAAUUGUAUUUUAACUGGAUAACUGCGUCUAAAUGACUAAAUACUGGCGAUAUUUGAUUUAUGUUUCCAUAGUAACGGGAUUAAUAAGCUGAAUAUAAAACUGUUGACGCAAUGGGCGUAUGUCAUUUUGGAAUCUUUCCGGCUGCUUUAUUAUUUUGAAAUUUGUGUUUUAAUGUAAAAAGGAAAAGAAGCACAAACUAUGUGGUUAUAAAUAGCCGUAUAAACAAUAUAAAAACUUCCUAUUUCAGAUUUUGAUGUAAAACAUGAAUUGCAAUUUUUACCUGUAUUCUGGCGAUUCUCCAGUGCGUAACAGAUAAAAAAAAACCUCCACGCCAAAGGCAGAACUCGUGUAUAAUUUAUUUGAUAAGUGUAAAUAUAUCUGACUUUAAACGCAGACUGAAGUGACGUUGAUAUAAACAUAUUUUUAAUUGCAUUAUAUGUUAGGAAGUUUGACAGUAAAGCAUCGUUUAAAAACAUUAAUGUAUAAACAAACGAUAUUGAAUAACACGACGAAUGGGAAUAAUUCUUGGCGGAAUUACUGAAGAACAAAAAACGGACAGAUAGAAGUCUGUGUAAGGAAAGAUAACUCUAAUUAUGUGUUUAAUUGGUUUUAAAUAAAGGUUGCGUAAUAACAAAGAUAAAGGCGAUUUCAUAACAGAGUUGGUGUUCUUGCUAAUCAAACACGGUGCGGGAAUAUAAACACGAGAGAACUGGAUCUUCUCGUCUGUCCUCUAGGGUAAUAUAGCAUAGCUAAAGUUAAUACAUUCUGACCGGGAACGUUCAUUAGCAACCCUUCGUUACCUACAGACGGAUUCGGAAUGCCGAGCUUUUAAAAGAACCUUCUGGACAAACGUGCUUUCAUUCUUCCCUUUACAUUCGAAGAAGGGCUAGAUACGGGCAUCGCUGGCUGAUUAAAGAUUUCAAAGUCAGAUUUUUUUAAGCGGACCUAAAAAUUACAGAAACUCUUUCCCGUCUGGUGUGCAAAAGUGCUGAUAUUCUUUGCUCUUUUUUUUUAGCUUAAACGGAAAAGACUCCAUUUAACGUACGUGUCCGAAUGAUUACAUGGCUUAACUUUGUUCGGCUUAGUUUUGUUUUAUUUGAGAAAAAUUAAAUGAGGUGUUUGUUUUUUCGUCUCUGACGGAGUACAUUGCUACAAUUCUCGAAGUAUGGACAUCACUAAGUGCGACUACACAAUAAAUCGUGAAGUGAAGCAAUAAAUUACUUCCAGCUUGCGGUACAUUCUUUAUAUAGUGGAAACAAAAAGGUGUCGAGUGCGCUGUGGUUAAUUAAUAGAAUUACCAGCGAAUCGGUGUUGUGAGAGGAAAGUAAAAAGUGGCUAUUGGCAGUGAUAUAAGUGGCCCUGCUGUGAAGAAGAGAGUCUACUGUGUUUUAGAUUAAGAGAGAACUUGAAGAUACAAUGAUUCUGUUUUUACAGGAAUGUGGAGUGUAUUACCCAACAUUCAUUCAAAGUGAAAAGAAAAACGUGUUGCACGGAUGAAUCAAAAGUUCCAAACAAUUUCUGAAUUCUUUGGGAUAUUUUUUUGGUAAAUUGUGCCGUUAUACGCAUUUCUCUCGCUCAAUACAGUGUGAUUAAUUGAAGACUGAAACAUUACAGGCAUAUUGGGACAUUACAGGAUUUCUAUAACACAAAUAUGAUUAGAAGCCUACCACGCGAAUAGAUUCAAUUUCUCUGUUCAAAAAUGGAAUUUAAACAGGAUACGGGAGCCCAUCUGGGCAACAGUCUGGAAGAUUGUUUGGAUGCUUUAGGAAAUUUCUAUGAGUUAGGUUACCCACCUGGGAAGUUUUGCAAUGUAACGUUUGACGGAAUAUUGUGUUGGCCGCCAACUCUUGCCGGUAGUACAAUACGCCAGGCGUGUCCGACUUUUAACAGUGAAGGUUUUUACGCCUACAAGUCUUGCAAUAAGGACGGGACGUGGGCAGUUAUCGGCGACCCGGUUGAUCUGCCAGGGCUGGACAAUUCAGCGGGUUUCACAGAUUACACACAGUGUUUAACUAUUGCGACACUCGAAACGUCGACUACGUCAGAAGAAGCUGUGUCCUCGGAUUUUCACAGAGCCAUGAGAAUUGGCGAGAUAUUACAGUUCAUUUUAUCAAGUGUGUCCAUUGUAUCGUGUCUCAUCGCCAUUUUGUUUUACAUUAUCAUCGCAAGAAAGGGCAUGCGAUGCAGAGUUGUCAUUCCACUUUUCUUGUCAGUGAUGAUGUAUCAUAUGAUGUCAUUGGUUGCCAUGACAUUACGCCACACCGACAAAUCUGAGGAUGAAGUUCACAGGCGAGAUUAUUUUUGCAAAUUGGAAAUUAUUAUUUUAAAAUAUUCAGAAACUGCUAUUUAUUCGUGGUUAAUGGUGCUGGCGAUUUUCUAUCAUCUAAAAGCCUUACGGAGUCCUGUGACGUGUACCGCAAUGUGUGUGAUGUACGUCAUUGGUCUGGGUAUUCCCAUAGUGACGACUGGCACGUGGUAUCUUUGUGUGACAUUUCUAAUAGAAAUGGACAAUUCGUGUUUUGUCAACUUUCUGUCACAUCCAUCAAUAUGGUUAACUGUAACACCUAAAUUUUUAUGUAUUAUGGUGACUUUUUGUAUGUUGGUCGUCUGUUGCUAUGCAUUUUUCCGAUACGGUGACAACGGUCACGCGGAGCAAUUAGGUGAUAUUUUGGUUGCUAGGCAAGGAACACACAGAGCAUUCAUGGUCUCCAUGAUUUUAACAACACUGGAACUAUAUCUUCUCGUGAGUGAUUUUUCCAAGGGUAUCCCGGGCAUGGAUGAAUACACCACGCAUUAUUUUCUGUGGAUAGUGUGCAUGAGAACCCGGGGACUAUUUCUGGCCAUUUUCUUGUGUUUUGUUGAUAAAGAAAUUUGGUCCUGUCAGUUAUCAACUUUAGAGAGUUCCCAAGACAACAUUAAGUCGAGUCGUGAACACAAGAAGAACAAUAUUUGUACGACAACGAUAGAGGACUUUGAUGACUUGUUUACCGAUGACGAUAUACCAUGAAAAAAGUGUACCCCAAUCCCCUUAACCUACCCCCGUUUUAAUAAUUGACCUUUCAAAAGACAACUUCUUGUUUGAUCGCUCCAAAAAGUUAAAGUAUUAUUAAUGGCCGACCCCAAUCCUCUUAACCUACCCCCGUUUUAAUAAUUGACCUUUCAAAAGGCAACUUCUUCUUUGAUCGCUCCAAAAAGUUUUAUGACCGACAUCUAAUCCUUUCAAAAUAUUGGCCUCUGUUGUUUGAUUCAUGUCUAAUCUGUCAAAGAUAUUCUGUUGAAUAGGUGAUCUCGAAAUAAUUGGACGUAGAAUCUUUUUUCAUAAUUUUUGAAGUCACUUUAAAAGUCUCCAUUACAAGAGCGAAUAUAUGCUGAAUAUGAUGUCAUUUUCAUUUUUUUGAAAUUGUCAUACUCGAAAUUUGAAUUAUCCUCCACUGAGAUCUUACCAGAUUUCGACCAUCUAUCUUGGGACAUACUAAAAGUAGAAGUGUGCCUUGAAAAUAUCGUGCCGUGAUAAUAACCAUUUCCUACUAAUCACAUCGAAAAGUUGGACAAUAUUUUAUUAAUGUUUUGUGUUCCGUGUAACGUUCUUCGACCUGUUGAAAAUCGGUAACAAUUUGAUUUCGGUAACUAGUAUUCCACAGAAUUCCGUGGCGGGAGGAAUUUCCGUAGUCAGAUUAAAAUCUGACCUUACAUUCUUUUCUUUUUUACGGCAGUGGUAUCCACCCUUUUAUCUAGCGCUAGUCAUUCAACAGACACUUGGCGAACCUGAAAGGAUUUUAUCCAAUCGCAACAGCUAUAAUUAGAUUUCAGAGAGAACAGAAAAUUCAUAAAGAAUUUGAUAGAUCUUCGAGUAAAUAAAAUAACUGGAAUGAAAUAAAUAUUUCUGUAACGUUAAUGAUAUGGAGUAUGCUUUAGGCCCAUUUUUGUUACAAGUUGUCGGAGUUCACUCUUUCGAGAACAUCGGAUACGACUUCUCAUUUCAGGGGUUCACAAUGUUAUUGUAUUUCUGCAUUGAUAACGCAUAAUAGCUCAUUUUUGUUACUGUUUUUAUCACAUAAAGAUACAUUAUGGGAGAUUCGAUAACGAGUUGGCAGUUUUCACUGUAAUAGUUAAAGACUAGAUAAUGUAAAGGCAAUUUGAUCCACUAUGAACCGAGAACAAAGCGAUUGAAAUUCCGCCUAGCCUUGAUCAUCAUUACUAAAGUCAGUACGAAAAACAGCAUAGUCUCGAUUAUCGAUUUAAUCGUUAAAUCGUGAAGGAAAGUUAUGCAGUAAAUCGGCUCACAAUCCACUAAAGAUCGCAGGCUAGCGAUACCAUCUAGACUCGAUUAUGGUCUGGAUAAGUUAAUUAAUGUCUAAUGAAUAAUUUAGAUAACAUUUCAGGCCCAAAGAAAGACCUGGAAUAAACAGAUUUAGCUCUUGCAUAAUGCAUGUUUAAUGAUAUGAAAUAGGGUUUAACGUCCUACUGUUUUAUGCUUCAACUGAGAUAACUAAUUUGUGUAACGGUUUUUAUCACAUUACAUUUAUCUAGUGAGACAUGACUGGUUUGUUAUUAUAAGAAUAAAACUACUAAUUUAUAGUUUA